ACACGGUGUUGUGAAGUUAGUUAGUUGGCGGUGUGUAGUGAAGCGAAGCGAUGGUGUUUUCUUCCAACCCUUUAGCUCUCAGUGUUCCGGAACCGGCUUUCGAGUCGUGGCUCCGCGACACCGGCUACCUCGAAAUCCUCGACCACCGCACUUCCUCCUCCUCCGCCGCCUCUCCCGCCCCUUCCUCUGCCGCCGGCAGCCUCUUCUCCCGCCUCCUCACCUUCUUCUCUCUCUUCACUCUCAACCCCUUCGCCAAGCUAACCGCCGAUGACUUCGCCGCCGAUACUCCCUCUUGGUCCCGUUCCUUCUUUGCUUUCUCCGACUCCUACUCCUUCCCUUCCUCCCCCUCCCAGGCGCGCCUCAGGGUUCAAGAAAAUAUCAAGCGCUACGCCCGCAACUACGCCUAUCUCUUCAUCCUUUUCUUCGCCUGCACAUUGUAUAAGAUGCCAGUUGCUCUUGUUGGGUUGAUAUUGUGUUUGGCGUUGUGGGAUUUCUUCAAGUUUUGUAGCCACAGAUGGGGAUUGGAGCAUUAUCCCUUAACUCGCCAGUGUUUGAUUCGUGCUGCCCAAUGUGCAACCGCAGUUAUUUUGAUCUUUUCUAAUGUUCAAAUGGCUCUCUUUUGUGCCAUAUGCGUCAGCUAUGCAGGCGUGAUACUUCAUGCUGCAUUUCGCAAGUUGACCCCUGUGAAGCAACCUUCAGUGGGAAGAAGUAGGUAGUUGGCUAAUCAAACAAACUAUGAUACACUUACCUUUAUCUAGCACGCAUUACUUCAGUGAUUCAAGGGUUACACUGUAGAUUUUAAGGGACAGAACUGGUACAGAAGAUCAGGCACUGUAAAGAGGUUGGAUUAUUCUUUGUUUUGGAUUAGCAUUAAUCAAUGUUUGGAAUAAGUGUUGAGCUAUUAGAUAUAUCAAUUGUUGAUAUUAUUAAUUUAUUCAUAACUCUUGAGUUGAUGCAACUGGAAUUGAGCUUUGGAUGAUUCGUAAUGGGUUAAGCACACUCAUGUACCGCUC